GUGUGCGCAGGAAAUCUGGAUUUCGCGCGAAAGUGGGGAUGGCGACAGAAACAAGUCUUAACGGGGAUAUGCCCCAUAAACGGCAACGGAUGGAGCAUGAUAACAGGGUGACAGUGGUUUUAGGCGCUCAGUGGGGAGAUGAAGGCAAGGGGAAGAUGGUUGACUUGUUAGCAACUGAAUCAGACGUAGUUUGUCGGUGUCAGGGAGGUAACAAUGCUGGGCACACUGUUGUGGUAGAUGGUAAGAUGUAUGACUUCCAUCUUCUUCCAAGUGGGCUGGCCAACCCACACUGUAUGUCAGUCAUAGGCAAUGGUGUUGUGGUCCAUUUACCGCAGAUGUUUGACGAGCUUGAAAAGAACCAUGCGAAGGGUCUGGAGUGGAAAAACCGGCUACUGCUCUCGAACAGAGCUCACAUGGUUUUUGAUUUUCACCAAGCAGUUGAUGGCAUUCAGGAAACACACAGAGGAAAUGCUUUUAUUGGCACAACUAAAAAAGGAAUUGGACCAACAUAUUCAUCAAAGGCCACACGGAAUGGCCUCAGAAUUUGUGACUUGAUGGGGGAUUUUGAAGUUUUUGCAGUCAAAUUGCAAAACCUGGCCUGUCAGUUUCAGAAACUUCACCCAGAAGUUGAAAUUGAUGUGCAAGCAGAAUUAGACCAGUAUAAGGAAUAUAGGGAGAGGAUCAGAGACAUUGUAACAGACACCCCUCUCUAUAUGAAUGAGGCCCUUAGAAAUGGAAAAAAGGUGCUGGUAGAAGGGGCAAACGCAUCCAUGUUGGAUAUUGACUUUGGGACGUAUCCAUCGGUAACCUCCUCCAACUGCAGUAUAGGUGGUGUGUGUACGGGUCUUGGUAUCCCAGCACAGAAAAUUGGAGAUGUAAUUGGGGUUGUGAAGGCCUACACAACCAGGGUUGGUGGAGGAGUCUUACCCACGGAGCAGCUGAACGAUAUUGGCGAAACCUUGCAAGUAAAAGGCCAUGAAUUUGGAGUGACCACUGGGCGUAAGAGGCGGUGUGGAUGGUUGGACACAGUAGUGGUCAACUACACCAACAUGUUAAAUGGGUACACAUGUAUUGCAUUAACAAAACUUGACAUCUUGGAUGAAUUUGAAGAGGUGAAGAUUGGGGCCCAAUACAAAAUUAAUGGCAAGGUCACCAAGUCUUUUCCCCCCACAUUGGAGGAAUUAGCUAAAGUGGAUGUUGAAUAUGUCACGUUACCUGGGUGGAAAAAGAGCACAGCUGACUGCCGGAAAUUCUCAGACCUCCCAGAAAAUGCUCAAAAUUAUGUGAAGAAAGUGGAAGAAUUAAUUGGUGUGCCAAUCAAGUGGGUUGGUGUUGGUCAAGACCGCUUAUCCCUAAUACAGCUGUUUUGAGUACAUGACAUCCCUGAAGAUGUUCAACUUAACAGCUGAAUUUCCUCAGUGACAACAAGGAUCUGGAUUAUUUUUUUUUCUAAAUUUACAAUCUGUCAGUUAACGUACCAAAAUUAAUUUGAUUGUCACAACCAUAUUAUGCUUUAUUUUAAAUUGUCCUACUGUGCAUAGCCCACUAGAGUUAACUUUAGGUGCCCUGAUUUACUAAGAAAUAUUUUACACCCUAAACUGCUGUCAUUGAUACCAGAUAAGGUCUCUAAGAUGGGAUGAUUUUAUACAAGUUGAAAACUACUGGGAAAAAAUUACUGCAUACAUAUGCAGCAGUUUUCUCUUUGAAACUGCACUGUAGUGUAUAUAUUGGCCAUAUCAGGCAAGCAUGUAUCUAACAAUAUACAAAGUACAGUUUGCUGUCAGAAGUAGAAGCUUACAUUCAUAGUGCCAUGAUUAGUUUGUAAUACUAGUGAAUAGACCAAAAGCAGUGAGGGCAGCAUUAUAAAAAUGACAUUAUGUGAUAGUAGUUUGAUUAGCUUCCAGGUGGAGGGAUAAAGGUCAAAUGAUCACUCAAUUUUGUCAAUAAUUAUUGGAGCACCUUUUUUUCUGUUGUUGUCCUGUUGUUGUUUUAAGAAUAAAAAGAAGUGUUUUUAUCAACUUUUCAGUUAUGUAUCUAACCUUGUAAUUAACCUUGAUUAAUCCGUUUUUUGUUGAACAUACAUUCUUUCGUGGUCUUACUGACAUUUUUUUUGAAUAUCCAUAGCUUUCAUUCCUUACAAAUGCAUUUUUCUGCUUUUUGAUAACUUUUUUUUAUUAUUAUAUUUCCCUUUUGUUUAGGCCAGUCUUUUUGCAUGUCAAAAUUAUAGGAGAUUGAAUAUUUAGCUUUGGGUGGACGUUGCCUUCCGUUAAGUGGCAUUGUUUUUUGGGAGUGAAGUUUUAUGUUAUAAUAUUUUCAUCAUGCAGCUGUGAGAGGAUAAUGUGGAGAUGAAAAUUGAUACAAGGUACGAUACUAGUUGUGUCAAAUUUGCACUUCAUAAAUUAUUUAUAGCUACGGGUAAAAUGGAUCACUUGAGACAAGAAUUUUUGUGAUGAGGAUUUUUAUGGUGAAGGUAUGAAUUUCAAAAACAUAGCUUCUACAAGUAGAGAUUUGAAAUGUAUUUCUUGACCCACUAUGGAGUUGCUUAUUAAUAGUUCCUAUUAAAGGCCAUGGAAGAUGAUUUAGCUUCAUCAAAGGGAAUGAGCUUUCUUAAUUUAUAAUUUGUCUAGUUUUGCUUGUUACCUUGGAAAAGUUCAGGAUGUCAUUUUGAACAAUGAUUGGUUUGAAAAAUAUUAAUGAGCAAAAAUGCAUUAAGGGUCAUUCUGUGAGUCUUAAGUGUUUUAGGGGUCAUAUUACACAAAAGUGGAAAUAAUUGUACAAAUAGUUUUAUUUUAAACCUUCAUAAUCUACACAUUGUGGUAAAUGAGCCGAGUGCUUUGUUAUAUGUGAACUGGUGAUGGUUGCUGUGUUGAAACAAUUGUGCAAGUCAUUGAAUAAAGCAUGCACUUAU